AUGGACCUGCUGGGCCUGCUGGGGUGUGUCCAGAGGAGAGCCACAAGGAAGAUCCGAGGGCUGGAGCACCUCUCCUAUGAGUCUUCAUAUGGAUCUUUACCUUUGCUGUGGCCUCACACCAUCACGUCACCCACCAGUCCUUCUCUGUGCGAAAACAACGGGCCCAGUGGGGCGCCUCCACUCAUUGGCUCACCCAACAACGGUGAUGCAAGCAACAGGCCCAGUGGGGCGCCUUCACCCAUUGGCUCACCCAACAACGGUGAUGCGGCUCUGCUGCCUGUGACAUCACCGGGGCGGGUCACAAUGUCUGGGCCUUCAUCAGGCAGCAGAGGGCACGGCUGCGGCAGUGCGGCUCGGGCCAUCGUUGCGCUGGGCAUUGUCCACAACGCGCUGCGGACGGGUGAAGAGCCGCAUACAGCCAUGCACAGGCUCGUGCAGCACCUCGCACAGCAGCUGAGCUGGAAGAUGACUCAGCUGCUGCAGGAUCUAGAGCAGAUCCAGGAUCAGAACUGGGUGGCUGGGAAAGUCCUGCUCCUGGCCGCCUUCCAGCAAUGGAGCAGAAAAAGGAGCUGUAACAUGGGAAUCGGCUGCCAGCGCGGCAGACCCGGAUUUCAGGAGGAGGACGACGAGGUGGAGGAUGAAGAGGUAGAAGACGACGACGAUGACGACGACUCCGGUGACACGUGGGAUCUGGGCAGGUGUGUGGGCCAUUGCAGCCAGUGGCCAGUGCCAUACAUGGCUGACACAAGCAUGUUGGUGGAGGAGCUGGUAGAAGAGCUUCUUAGUGCCUGCCAAAGACUUUCCGGCAAUAACUUCGAGCCACGACUGCUGCCAGCCAUUGGGCUGGGCUGUGUCUAUGAAGGGUGGAGUAACCAGGAGGACAAUAUCCUCUACCAGCUGCUCGUGCCUCUGCAGCCUCCCCCCGGACACACCUUCUCCUUGGAGCUGGGCACCACGAAGGACAUGCUGACCAGCGCUUCCUGCCUCCAUGUGCACUUGCAGUGCAUGUGCAUGUGGGAGUUACUGGUGCAGGACGUACUAUGCUUCCUCCACCACAGCGCGGAUGAGCUGAAACGUCAGCGCCCCAGCCUCCUCAGCACCCUUUGCACCAACUCGUACUUAGACAUCGAGAAAACUGCCUGCUGGUUCCAGACGCUGGUGAAAGACGCAUGGAAGCUUGUGCCUCAGUCCCUCCGCUGGCAGCUGACGGUGCUGCCUGCUACACGCUCCUGCAGGCUCCAGCUACAGAACGGAGAGGACUCCCUGUCCAUUGAGAUGAUUUUUGGCGUGCAGCUAGACGACUCAGACUGCUUCCUGAGCCUUGAGUAG